UUUUAUUGUAAAUCUUGCUCUCAAUCAAUCAAAUACAAUUGUUCCCAACAAAAUAUAUAGGCAAAAAUCUCCGGAAUAAAAAUUACAAUCAACCGACAGCAAAAAAAUCAUAUUUCUAACAUUUAUUGCAAUUAAAAUUCAAAUAAAAUUUACAGAGAAAGAAACUGGCCAAUUCUGCAAAUUGAAUACUUUGAAAUCCACCACUUCAACCAACAGGAACAAUUUGUACUAAUACAUACUAAUAGAACCAGACAAAUGCAAGAAGUAGCUGUACUGCCAUGGGAGAAGAUCGCCUGGAGCGAUGAGCACGUGCAGCUGAUCUAUCGCGAUUGGGGUCUCUUCUACACACACAAGCAGCAAUUGGACAUUGCGGCGAAAUACUAUGACAAAUCGCUGGAGCUGAAGAAUGAUGACUCACGUGCGCUUUACUUUCGCAGUCAGUGCAAGCGCAACAUUGCGCAGACGCAGGGUGCGCUGGAGGAUGGACUAGCAGCCGGAGCCAUUGAGCCGAAUAAUGCACCGAUCAAUCUGGAGAUCUGCGAUGCCUUGUAUGAGCUGAAUCAAUUCGAGAACUGCAAAGUAGAGCUACACGACAAUACGCACAAGUUCUAUGGCAAGAAAGUGUCAGCAUUUGAGAAUCGUUUAAUUGUGGUCGAUGAAAAUUUCAAAGACUCCAUUGGUGAAACUCUAGGUCCCUUCAUAUUAAGGAAUGAGAAGAUUUUCUCCAAAGUUUUGGAGCAAUUGGAGCGUGAGAAAUACGUUGAUCCGCGUCCGUUGUGGAAAAUAUUGCGCGAACAGGGUAAAUGCGAUGUGCUCAGCAUACUCGAGAAGGAGGAGGUGCUGUUGUCACCACGCGAGAUCGCCAGACGUGAACGCGCUUUCAAGGUCUUCAAUCAAAUAUAUUACAACAAAAGCUGGAUCGAUGUGCUGUUUUUGAAGGAUCUACGUGAUAACGGAAACUUAUUAUUACCGCAAUGCAAAAUUUCCACGCCCUUUCUACGCCAUCUGACACACACCAAAUAUGAUGUGUUGAAGAAGUUCUUGAAAAUGUUACAAGCGCGCAGUCCACUUUAUAAUGAACAAAUGCGUAAGUGUCCGGAUAAGGCGGUAUGGGAGAAGCAUCGUCAGGCUCACCUGAAUCAUAUACAGUACCAAACGCGACGUAAUAUGCUAACGAUCUUACGGACGAUACGUCAACUGCGGGCCUUGGGUAAAAUUGAUAAACUUAGUAAAUACGUCGAGGAAGUUAUGGGCGACUAUGUUGUGUUGAAGACCCAUCGUGUGAUGCCCUGGAAAUUUGAGUUUCUCAACGAAGUUUACAAUACAUUAGCGUUGGCCUACACCGACCGCUAUACUAAACCAAAUGAUGGCAGUACAACAAAUGAGACCAAGAAGAGUUCAACUUUAAUGCAAUUACUUCGUUUACCGACCGACAAGAAUAAAGACCGCUCUGUAACAUUUGUAUUCGGCGAUAAGUCGACGUAUCAGGAACCCGAUGCCACAGAUUAUACAAUGAUUGCUUAUAAAAAAUAUUUGGCACGUUUAGAGAAGCGCAUACAUUUCGCGAAAUACUCGAUUGAGAAAUGUUAUCUGCUGCACGAAAUCGCACGAAGUCAUUUGGGACAGAGUCGAUUCGACGAGUGUUGCUCGGUGGCACGUAAAGCCGUUGAAGAAACCAAAAACUGCAAUAGCAAUAUCUGGCGCUUCUUAAGUACCUUACUGAUUUGUAAAUCUCACGCGGUGCUCCAUAAAGUCGAACGUGCGAAAGAGAUGCUCGAUGAGGCCUUGGCCGUGGCGGCCUGCUUGAAUAGUCCACCUUUGAUAGCUUUUGUCGAGAACUGUCGCCAAGUGAACGAAGUUGAAUUGUCGCUGAAGAAACGUUCUCAGUCCAUAGAGUCGAUGCGCAAGCGUAAGAGUAAAGUAUCACUUGAAAGCCCCAAUUCGCAAAUAUCACAGCAGAGUAAUGAAACGGAAGGAAGUUUGAAUGACAUAGUUUAAAAAUAUUUCAGCAAAAAAAUCAACAAAUAAAUCGUACAGGGAAGUAAUUGUGGUAUAACAUAAUUGUACCACUUAUACAAAAAAAUCGCAUCUUGAUAUAACUGUACAUAUGUAGUGUCGAACAAUGCUAAAAUUUAUGUAUGAAUAUGUACUUGAUUAAUAAAUAAUUUUUGGAGAAAUUUAA